CCCGUUGACUGUGCCUUAACAUUAAUGGUGAGCCUACCAUUUCAGCUUCCCAAGCUGCAUUUUGUUUGGAAAUUUUGGAUAUGCUGUUAGCAAAAAUCUAAGAAUACUGAACUGUCUGUAGCCUAAUGAUUUUGACUCCUAUGAAGCUGAACUUGUUAGAUUGAUAUUCUACGUGAGGAGUUGAGUUAUUGUAGGGGACCCUGGCGGACCCUCAGAAGCAGCUGGGUUUGCUGAUGCCUCGGGCCUGGGACAACCGAUACAACACGGUUGAAAAGUUGAAUUGUACUGAUAGCAGCAUGUGAAACGACGGCGCUAGGACCCGUAGUCCUCAUUCCUUCAGGAAGAGGGUGUUGGCUCCGUCAGCCGGUGGCGGAGGAGGAGAGAGCGGGGAGGGACUGCCGAGGUGCUGCUGAAAGCGGCGUGAGCGAUGCGAGUCCGGGGCUGAGGAGGACAGAGAACAGGAGCAGACCCAGCAGAAAGCAUCCAGUCCGAGUGUCGCUUUGUUCCACAACCUGACAAAAGCCGAACACGGAGAGCCAUGUCGGUUUUAGCUCUACAAGAAUAUGAAUUUGAGAGGCAGUUCAACGAGGAGGAAGCCAUCCGAUGGAUGCAGGAGAACUGGAAGAAGUCGUUCCUGUUCUCUGCUCUCUACGCUGCCUGCAUCCUGGGUGGGCGUCAUGUCAUGAAGCAAAGGGAAAAGUUUGAGCUGCGGAAACCUCUGGUGCUGUGGUCGCUCACCCUCGCUGUGUUCAGUAUCUUUGGUGCCAUCCGCACUGGGAGCUACAUGAUGUUCAUCCUGAUGAGCAAAGGGCUGAAACAGUCAGUUUGCGACCAGAGUUUCUACAACGGACCAGUCAGCAAAUUCUGGGCUUACGCCUUCGUCCUCAGCAAGGCUCCUGAACUGGGUGACACUCUCUUCAUCGUCUUGAGGAAGCAGAAGCUCAUUUUCCUCCACUGGUACCACCACAUCACUGUGCUGCUCUAUUCCUGGUACUCCUACAAGGACAUGGUGGCGGGCGGCGGUUGGUUCAUGACCAUGAACUAUUUGGUCCACGCCGUCAUGUAUUCCUACUAUGCGCUGCGGGCAGCAGGUUUCAAGGUUUCACGCAAGUUCGCCAUGUUCAUCACUCUGACCCAGAUCACCCAGAUGCUGAUGGGAUGCAUGGUCAACUACCUGGUGUACUCCUGGAUGCAGCAGGGCCAGGAGUGUCCAUCCCACAUGCAGAACAUUGUGUGGUCCUCUCUGAUGUACCUCAGCUACUUUGUGCUCUUUGUCCAGUUCUUCUUUGAAGCCUACAUCGGCAAGUCCAACUCAUCGGCCAAGACUGAUGUCAAGAAGAGCGAGUAGAGAGGAAUGCCAAAAGCUUGGGAUGCAGGGAGAUAAUUUAAUAAAAGAAUAAAAGGGAAGCGCAGGGACCAGUGGUGUUAGAGAGGAUUGGAACGGGAUGAGAGAAAUGUGUGAUGGAGUCUGGGGAUGCUGGGAUUAUUGAUGGGUUGGGGAGGGAGAGGGUCAUGAAAUGAUUGGUGUUUGUGCUUCAGGGUUACAACUUAUUGAAGACCAAAAAAGGAGGUGAUGUCUCCCUUGAGGGAUAUGGAGGAAGUAGCACCACCAUGAUCAGAAGCCAUCAUGAGUCAUUCACCUGAACUCUAAAAUUUGCCCCUAUGAAUUCACUUUUAAAAUCCUUAAAUAUAACACAAAAAAACAAACUCAUUCUAAACUUUUACAAUAGUAAGACCAUUCAAUGCGUUUUAUUUAUUACCGACUAAAAAAAAUGGUACUCGUAAAGAUUGAUGGCCUCAUCAUUAAUGUGAGCCAUCAGAGUUUUUGUCCUUUUCUUGUCUGUUUGUUUGUCUUUAAACUGAGGAUGAAAAGGUUCGAGACGCCGGUGAGCAAAUGAAGCUGAAGUUUUAGCAGUUGAUGUGAAGCGAUGUGGUGUGGGGCGAACCCGUUGUUAAUAUAAUGUGCAUAUCAAGAUACAGUAGAAAUGUUUAACAUCUGCUCCAGUUUACAGUGUGGCUGAUUUGCUUCCACAACAGUUGCCAAUGAAUACAAACCAGUAGGAAAGACAGAUUGAAGCUGGCCUCACGGACUGAAGCCAGGCUGGGUUUGGAUGAGACGCUGACCGUGUCCUGCUUCAUCUCUGGUCUCAACUUUUCAGAUGCACUGAUUUCCGAACCCUUGUCUGAUUUACAGGGUUUCUACCAGUGAGGAAUACUUACUGUUCGACACUGAUACCUUAGAUGGAGUACAAACAUAUUUAUGUUUAGCAAGAAAACAAACUAAAAAAAAUCAUGCAAAUUGUCAAAACAUCUGCUGUAUUGAAAAAAAGGUAUGUAUCCUUAAUGGUGUCUGUUGUGCUAUUGUGCAUUUGCACUAUAUCAAUGUCAGAAAACAAUUGUUGCUGAAAACCCCAAUGUAUGAAGAAAGUGCAAAAAUGUGACAUGGUUGUGGUGUUUUCUUUUGUCUAACCCGUUUGUCGGUGCUGAAAGUAAAACAGAUGAGUUUAAA